CAAGUUAUUCUUUCUAUUGUGCUCGGACAACACAGCGGAAGGAUUGAGGCAGGUCAGAGUCCAAACUAAAAGGGGGUGCUUUAUAUUAGCUUAGUUAGUUCUCUGCUAUAAAAUUAAUUAUAAACUGUGGACUAUCUAAGUCUCCAUUUUUUUCUUUCAAAGUAAGCCCUAUCCGCUGUCAUCUGAAUGUUGAGUGGGUUUAAAACAGUCAAAUCGUUAAAGAAGUCGGCUUCUACUAAAACAGCUAAUAAAAUUGCAGCAAUGUCCACGUGUCCAAAGUGUGGCAAACCCGUCUACCAUGCUGAGCGGAGGGUGAUACUAGGUAAGGACUGGCACUCUGCUUGCCUGAAGUGUGAUAAGUGUGACAUAAAUCUCACCCCAGGACAACACUCGGCUCAUCAAGAGAAGCCUUACUGCAACAGUUGCUACCAGCUCUUGUUUGGACAGGAAGGUUUCAGGAAGGGAGUCCUCAUGGCCUCCAAAGUUGGCCCUGAUGCAGUCAAUAAGCAGUCAGUAGCAGAAAAACAAGAGUUGCUUAGUAAAAUUACUGAGUACAACAUGUACAAACAGAGUGGACUGGAGAAGUCCAACAGUGUAGAGAAGCUCAAGCCUAAAGAGGUGAACGGUCAGCUAUCGUUUGAGGGGGUGCUCAAGCUCUACUGGGGUUUAAAGAAGCCGAUUCGAUUGGCCCCCGGAGUCAUGUACGCUAAAGCCAGGACUGACAGAGACUCCAUUUAUGACUUCGUGCAUGGAGACGAUGCCGCGUACGUGUUGAUGUUGGAAGAAGCUCAAAAGGCACGGCAAACCCGUUAUCUUGAUGACGAAGAUAAGAAGAGACUGCAGGCGAUGCUGUGGGACCACAAAGGUACAAUGCCCAGUAGAGACCAGGACCAGGAAUCUGAUAUGAGUAUGAGCCUGCCAGCAGGUCACUAUUCACAGGAGGGCUCAUCCAGUUUACCAGGCACGCUGGAUCGUAGAAAGGAUCGUAUGGGUUCACUCGAGCGUGAUCCUAAAGAGGGUGUUGAUGGAAACGCUGUCAGCAGAUCCUUGACCAGGGGAACUAGUGUGGACGGUGGUAAUAGCUACUCUCCGAGGAAAAGAUCGGCAUCUUUCAAACGGAUAUCACGGCAAAAAAAAGCCGAGGAUAAAAAAUCACUCAAGCGUCACAAGUACACCCCUCCACACGGUCAGUCCACGAACUUGAGAGUGACCAAUGCCAUCCAGACUGUUGAUGUGCUCAAAAUGCUACUAGCCAAAUUCAAGGUUGAGAAUGAUGUGUCCGAGUUCUCUCUCUGUGUGUUCUAUGACAAUGGCCGCAAAGAGUUGUGUAAGGACGAUGACUACCCACUCAAGCUACGACUCAAGUUAGGACCUUCCGAAGAUAUCGCUAAACUGUUUGUCAUUGAAAGCUCUGAGGUGGAGGAGAUUCUGUCAGCAGAGGCUGCAGAGUGGAUUAAAUUCUCCAUUCACGAGUUAGAGCAAUUCUCCGCCAGAUUUCAAGAGGAGGAAGAAAAAGAAAAGAAGAAAAUAAUAACUAGAUUUGAUCGCUGGAGAGGUGCUAUUACUCAAGCUCGUCGAACAUGUGAAGAAACAGAUGUAUAGCAAAUAGUUAUCUCAUUAUACGUUAAAACUCUCAUUAAUUUUCCUGCACUUAGGUAUUUGGUUUUUGUAUUUUUAGGUCAUUGCAAUGUAUACAACAUCCACGUCCCUUUAUGUAUGUAUUUAUAUUAUUGUCUUUUCAACAUUGCACUGUAAAUUAUUAUUAUUUUAUAUUCUCUCUCUCGUCUCUCUCUAUAUAUCCCUUGUACACAUGUUUGGUUGUCAAAACAAGUUGGUCAUAAUUAUAAUCAUCUUUGCAAUGCUUG